AUGGAUACUGUCGUUGAGGUUGCUCCGUUCCAUGACGAUGGCCUUGAUCUGGAAGAACAAGAUCCCAAACGUGCUGCCUUCAACCAGCCUAAAGGCGUCCAAGGCAUAGGAGCCUUGCCGCAUUACCACUCCUGGAUACAAGAGCAUACUACGCAGAACCAAGCCUGGCGCUCGUUCAAGGAAGGAUACCAUAAGGCCCGGAAGUUUGUCCUACGCAUCCAAGAUAUUCCACCAACCAAGGACGGCAGACACAUUGAUCUGGAUGCCUCUCGAAAGACUACUCUGCUCGACGAGAGGACCAACAAGGCCUAUAUCACAAAUUAUAUUCGUUCGAGUCGAUACACUGCUUGGAAUUUUGUUCCUCGUCAGUUGUUCGCUCAGUUCUCGAAACUCGCCAAUUUCUAUUUCCUUUGUGUUUCCAUUUUACAAAUGAUACCCGGUCUCAGUACCACAGGAACGUAUACCACGAUUAUUCCCUUAUUGUUCUUCGUUGCUUUAUCUAUGGGCAAGGAAGGUUACGAUGAUCUCCGCCGUUACCGCCUGGACAAGGUAGAGAACAACCGCGAGGCAUCUGUUCUACACGCCUAUCGCCCUAUCACCUCCUCUGAAGCACCAGCAGAAGAGGGCAUUGCUCGCGCCGAGGGCCCGAUACACUGGGCAAAAACGAAGUGGCAAAACCUCCAAGUUGGCGACAUUGUCAGACUCGAAAGAGACGAGCCUGUACCAGCCGACAUGGUUCUGCUCAGCUCGAAAGGCACAAACGGUAUCGCAUACAUCGAAACGAUGGCCCUCGAUGGAGAAACCAACCUCAAGAGCAAGCAGGCGACAGCAAAUCUGGCCAAGCAAUGCGACGCUCCUGAGAAGAUAGCUACUUGCAAGGCCCAUUUUGUGGUCGAAGAUCCGAACAUUGAUCUUUACAACUUCGAGGGCAAAGUGACACUGGAUGGUCAAACAGCACCCUUGAGCAACAACGAAAUCAUGUAUCGCGGAAGCGUACUGAGAAACACACCCGAAGCUUACGGCAUGGUCAUCUACAGUGGUGAGGAGUGCAAGAUUCGCAUGAAUUCUAACAAAAAUCCUCGUAUCAAGGCUCCAGCACUGCAGGCCAUUGUCAACAAGGUCGUCAUCGUUAUUGUCAUCUUUGUCAUUCUUCUGGCAAUAUUCAACACUGUGGCAUACCAAGUCUGGCGCAAGGGCACCGAGGACGACUCAUGGUACCUUAACAACGCCAGAGUUGCAUUCUUCCCUGUCCUUACCAGUUUUAUCAUUAUGUUCAAUACCAUGAUCCCGCUAUCUUUGUACGUCAGCAUGGAGAUCGUAAAGGUCUGGCAGAUGGUUCUGCUUAAUGACAUCGACAUGUACGACGAAACGACCAACACGCCAUUCGAGGCAAGGACAUCCACGAUCAAUGAGGAAUUGGGCCAGAUCAGCUACAUUUUCUCCGACAAGACCGGAACUCUGACGGACAACAUGAUGAAGUUUCGAAAGCUCAGUGUCGCUGGCACUGCCUGGUUACAUGACGUUGAUCUGCAGGACAAACAAGACGGCCCUGAAAUGCUUGUGCACAAGAAGAGAAGUCGUAAGAGCAAGGGUAAGAAGCCAAUGCGCAAGUCGACCGCCUCUGUCAUCACAUCUACAGUCAAGUUAGAUGGCGCAGAUGAUCAUCUUGAGUUUGGCGGACCUGGUCGCAAGUCGACAUCGCAGUGGACCUCUUCCGCUAGACCUGGAAAGGCCCAACCUGAGCUCAGCACCAAAACCAUGAUUCGAUACUUGCAACGAAAACCCUUCACCUUGUUCGCAAAAAAGGCUCGUAUGCUCUUGCUGUCCAUGGCACUGUGCCAUACGUGCUUGCCCGAGACGCAGGAGGAUGGAGAGAUAGAUUUCCAGGCUUCCUCACCUGAUGAGUUGGCGCUUGUUCGUGCAGCGCAAGAGCUUGGCUAUCUUGCAAUGAACCGCGAAUCUGCCAUUCUGACCAUCAAGACCUUUCCUAACGGCAUGACACAAGAGCCCGUCCUCGAACAAUACGAGAUCUUGGAUGUGAUUGAGUUUUCCAGUAAGCGAAAGAGAAUGUCUGUCACUGUCAGAUUCCCAGAUGGGCGCGUUUGUGUCAUCUGCAAGGGAGCCGACACCAUUGUCAUGCAGCGUCUCAAGCUAGCCUCUCUAGCAAACCAGAAGAUGGUUGAGAUCGAAAAGCGAACGAGCAUGCGCAAGAGUUUGGAAGCUCAAGAAGCCAUCCGUCGUCAGAGCGAACAGCACGAACGCUCUAGCGUAACUCGACCCAGCUUUUCGCGACCAAGUUUCUCAAUGUCGAUAGGUCGGCCCAGUGUCGGUGCUCUUCCACGUACUAGCGUUGGAACGGCGAGGCUACAGCCCAUCCGCGAUGAGCUUAAUAUAUGGCUCAGAGAACGUGAGAGCGAGGUCGACGUGUCUCACAGCGAAGACCCAAGUGUGCAUUACUCUCCACGACCUUCGACUCAAAUGCACAGUCGACAAUCUUUGGCUCCCUCCGAAGCUCGCAGCUCAUUGCAAUACGAUGAUUUUGAUCAGGAUGAGCUGGUAGAGGAGUCACUAGUCACAGACGAGGCGACUGUACUCGAGCGCUGCUUCCAACACAUCAACGACUUUGCGACCGAAGGUCUUCGAACUCUUCUCUAUGGCCACCGCUUCCUCGACGAGCAAGAAUACUUAGGAUGGAAGAAGGUGUAUCACGAUGCUACAACCAGCCUCGUGAACCGCCAACAGAUGAUCGAGGAAGCAGGAGAGAUGAUCGAACGAGAUCUGGAUCUUGGUGGUGCCACUGCCAUCGAGGAUAAGCUUCAGAAAGGUGUACCGGAAGCUAUCGACAAGCUCAGGCGUGCCAACAUCAAGAUGUGGAUGCUGACAGGCGACAAGAGAGAAACUGCCAUCAACAUCGGUCACUCAUGUCGCCUCAUCAAGGAUUACUCGGCUGUGACGAUUCUCGACCACGAGACUGGCCAAGUUGAGCAGCGUAUCGCGGCCACUAUCCUUGACAUCAAUAACCAUAAAGUGGCACACUCCGUUGUGGUCAUUGACGGUCAGACGCUUGCUUUGAUCGAGGACGAUCCUUAUCUGCGCAAGCUUUUCUACGAGCUCGCGGUCCUCGCAGAAUCAGUCAUCUGUUGCCGCGCUUCUCCAAGUCAAAAAGCUGGACUUGUUGCAGCUGUGCGACGAAGAGUUAAGAACAGUAUCACUCUGGCGAUUGGUGACGGUGCGAACGACAUUGCUAUGAUCCAAGAAGCCCAUGUCGGUAUUGGUAUCACAGGUAAAGAAGGCUUGCAAGCGGCUCGCACAUCGGACUACUCCAUUGCUCAGUUCCGCUUCUUGGUCAAGCUUCUGCUGGUUCAUGGACGCUGGAACUACAUUCGAAUCUGCAAGUACACUGUCGGCACAUUCUGGAAAGAAUUCCUGUUCUACCUGACCCAAGCGCUCUACCAGCGAUGGGCUGGCUACACUGGUACUUCCCUUUAUGAGUCGUGGUCGCUUAGCAUGUUCAACACCUUGUUCACCAGUCUUCCGGUCAUCUUCCUCGGCAUUUUCGAGAAGGAUCUUCUACCCCAGACCUUGAUCGCGGUACCUGAGUUAUAUACCAAAGGACAGCGCAACGGAGGUUUCAACUUCAAAAUCUUCCUUGCUUGGAUAUUUAUGGCAUCAAGCGAAGCUAUAAUGGUUUACUUCAUCAUGUUCGGACUCUACGCUCAAGCGACCUUCACCAAAGAUCAAGGAUUAUAUGCCAUCGGAUCUCUGACAUUUACAGCAUGCAUCAUCCUUAUCAGUAUGAAGUUGCAAGUCAUUGAGAUCCACAACAAGUCGAUUAUGGCUGUGAUUGCAUGUUUCCUAUCCAUAGGCGGAUGGUUCUUGUGGAUGAUCAUUCUCGCCUCGAUCUACGCCGACAACGUCACAUACAACGUAAAAGAUAGCUUCUUUGUACGCUUUGGCGACAACAUGUCGUGGUGGCUCACUUUAAUACUAAUCGUCGUUGCCACAAUGUGGUUCGAGUUCGGGGUCAAAAGCUUCAAAUCAGCAUAUUUCGCAACAGACGUCGAUCUCUUCCAACUCUACGAACGCGACUUGGACAUUCGAAAGCGUUUCGAAGAAGCCUCCGCCACGGAGUUGCAAGCGGGCUGGCAUCACGGCACCAAAAAGUCGAGUUUCGAACAGCAGCGCGAACACGAAGCGCAAGCGAUUCGCGAACUCGAAAUUCAAGAUCUGCUAGACAGGCCCAGAGUUAUGGAGGAAGGAGGCGCCAAAGCGGGUGUCACAAUGGAAGAGCAGAUGGUGUUUGUCGAUGACGGGCCCAAGAGACCGUCUACCGAUAUCCAGGAAAUGCUGUCUCGGAGAUUUGGAUCGGUGCAGCAAGGAGGUAUCGACGCGGAUAAGAAGUAG